GCUCAAGAGUACGUAAUUGAUUUAGUUAAUAAGCAUAUCACCUUAACUAAACAACAACACUUUUAUCAAGCCAAAGAAAGCCAAGAAAGAGACUUUUUAGAUGAAUGGACUAACAAAUGA